UUUCAUAAAAUCCAACAACUUCUGGGGUUUAGCCUUUGUUGAGAAUGGCCGAUCAGUCGAUACUCCAAUUGGAUAUUCACGAUCAUCACGUAGUCAUGGACAAUGGUAUACUGGCAGUGACACUGUCGAAGCCAUAUGGGAAUGUUACAGGGAUAAAAUACAGCAGCAUUGACAACGUUUUAGAAGUUCGUGAUAAAGAGGCUCAUAGAGGGUACUGGGACCUCGUGUGGAACUCUGGCACACCAGGAACGACAGGAACGUUCGACGAGAUGAGAGGAAAAGAAUUUGAAGUGGUCGUGCAAAAUGAGGAACAAAUAGAGCUCUCAUUCAAAAGGAACUAUUCAUUUAAGGACAAGGAGGUUCCAUUAAACAUAGACAAAAGGUUCAUAAUGCUUCGUAACUCCUCUGGAUUCUACUCUUACGCCAUCUAUGAGCACUUGAGGGAAUGGCCGCCAUUCAACCUUCCUCAAACCCGGAUUGUGUUUAAGCUAAGAAAAGACAAGUUUCAUUACAUGGCGAUAGCAGAUAACAGAAAGAGAUCGAUGCCACUCCCUGACGAUAGAGUAGGCGGCAGAGGCAAAACCUUGGAUUUUCCUGAAGCUGUAUUGCUCGUCCAUCCUAGAGAAGCUGCGUUCAAGGGAGAGGUGGACGAUAAGUACCAAUAUUCUUGUGAAAAUAAAGAUCUUAAAGUGCAUGGAUGGAUAUCCAUGGAUCCUUCCGACGACCCUCCGGUGGGUUUCUGGCAAAUCACUCCGAGCAGCGAGUUCCGAUCCGGCGGACCGCUCAAACAGAACCUCACCUCUCAUGUGGGACCAUAUGCUCUUGCAAUGUUUCUUAGCGCUCACUAUGGAGGAGAGGAGUUGGUGCUGAAGCUGAAUGCUGAUGAGCCGUGGAAGAAAGUGUUUGGGCCUGUCUUUUUCUAUCUUAAUUCUGUUCCUAAUGGAAGGGAUCCACUUUGUUUGUGGGAAGAUGCUAAAAUUCAGAUGACGAAGGAAGUUCAAAGCUGGCCCUAUUCUUUUCCAGCUUCUCAGAAUUUCCCACCACCAAACCAACGUGGUAGAUUGACUGGCAACUUAUAUGUCCUUGACACAUAUGUUAACCAAGAGCAAAUGCCAGCAGCUGAGGCAUAUGUGGGACUGGCAGCGCCGGGAGAUGCUGGAUCAUGGCAGACCGAAACCAAGGGCUACCAAUUUUGGACCAAAACAGAUGCAUAUGGCUCGUUUAGCAUCGAAAAUGUACGCAUCGGCGACUACAAUCUUUAUGCUUGGGUUCCUGGCUUCAUUGGUGACUACCGUUACGACGUUGUCAUUAGCGUCUCUGCAGGUAGUGAUAUGGAUGUGGGAGAUCUUGUUUUUGAGCCACCUAGGAAUGGUCCAACGUUGUGGGAAAUAGGCAUUCCUGAUCGCUCUGCAGCUGAAUUCUAUAUUCCUGAUCCUAACCCAAAUUAUAUUAACAAAUUAUACGUCCACCAUCCAGAUAGAUUCAGGCAAUAUGGACUGUGGGAGAGAUAUGCAGAAUUAUAUCCUGAUACAGACUUAGUAUAUACCGUUGGAGUCAGUGAUUACACAAAAGAUUGGUUCUUCGCUCAUGUUAAUCGGACUAGAAAUGAUGGGUCCCAUUUACCAACCACGUGGCAAAUCAAGUUUACACUCGAUAACAACAUAGAUAAGAGCGGUAUCUAUAAAUUGCGAGUGGCUUUGGCCACCGCCAAUGUUGCUGAAUUACAGAUUCGGGUGAACAAUCCAGAAGUAGAGCCGGCUCUAUUUACGACAGGACAAAUUGGGCACGACAAUGCAAUUGCAAGACAUGGAAUUCAUGGACUCUAUCGACUCUAUAGUGUCGACAUGUCGAGAUCUGUAUUGGUAGAAGGAGAGAACACCAUCUUCCUUUCGCAAAUUAUAAAUACUUCAUCUUUCAACGGCGUCAUGUAUGAUUAUAUCCGCCUCGAAGGCCCCCCAUCCGACGUCUCUACACGUUCAUAAAAUAUAUUUUUUUUUCUUUUUUUAUUUCAAAAUUUAUAAUUAUAGUCUUAGUCUUGUAACUCUAUGAAACUUAAGCCAAUAAUGUUGUGAACUAAAAGUUUCUCAGAAA